UAGCAAGUACUAAAUAAAUGAGUAGUAAUGACUAUGCCGUUGCAUCUCAUGUAGAUGUGCCCAGUAGGUGGGAUUCUGGUCUUGGUCACAUCACCAUCACUGGAGAGUAACUCCAUGGACUUUUCUUGGUAUUACUCUGGCCAUUACAGUGGCAAACAUUAGAGCAGGCUUUGGCUGAGGCUGUACUCCCUAACCAAGCUUGCCCAGCUGUGAUGUCUGGGCUGGAGCUCUGUGCCACAGAAGCUCAUUUCUAAUCCACUCAUCUCUCCACAUCCCCAUUCUGCAAGUUUCUCCAAAUGUUUUCUGCAUAGGCUUUGGGAAGCUAAUGCCAGGACAGGCAUAUUUCUCUGCUAUUAAGCACUGGAGCGUUACAAUAGCCCAGUCUGCCCUGCUGUUCUCAGGCUGCUCAAGGCGACUGCUGUGACAGACCACUCUUUAUCCAGCUCUUUGUAAGUGUCUGCUGGAUAAUAGUCGCUUUAAUAUGUAACAUGUGCUGUCUCCUGCCCCCGCCUUGCCCUCAGGGCUCCCCAUGAGGAGGGCUUUUUUGUUCCCAGACCCCAGGGCUUCUCCAAGCUGUCCCCCACCACUACGCCAUGCUGUCCUAAUCUCCAUAUAGAAACCAGCUGACACACUUGCCCGCCCCCCCUUCUCUCCUCGCCUUUCUCUGUGAGUUCAUUGUGAUCAGCCUGCAUUUCUUCCCUACCACUCCAUCACCAGGGGGAAAGGGGAGGCUGCAAUCCAGCUCACAGGUGCCUCCCAACAACCUGCUCCUAAUGAUUCCCACAGCUCUGCCUCCAUGGGGAUGAAGAGAGCUGGCCCCUCACCCCACCCGCAAUCCCCUGUUCUCUGUUUGCAGGAAGGGGAGAAGGGAGGAGACAUGGGGGAGACAGAGAGAGGAGAAAGAAAGAAAGAGAGAGAAGCAGUUUCUCAGAGAUGAGUUGAGAGAAAUUAAAAUCUUCCAAGCUCCUUCCUCUGCAAAUUUGGGCAUUUCAGAGUGGAGUCUACCUGCAUGCCUGGACAAUUCCUUCACACUGUAUGUGCGCGUGCUUAUAUGUGCUUGCGUGUGUGUGUGUGUGCUGCUGUCAUCACAGAUGUACCCCCAGCUGUCACUCCAUGGUACUCCGUCUCUCCCUCUCCCUCCCCUUUCUGUCUGUCUCGCUCUCUCUUUCCCUCCCUCUUCCUAUUUAUUAUUUUCAGAGGAUUACAAUCUCGUUCACAUCCUGCCACCUAACCUUUCUUCUUCUCUGCACUUUGGGCAGUGCUAGCACCUGGAUACAUCGCAAAGGACAGGGGCUGAUGCCAACUAGAGAUUGUCAAGCACUCUCCAGGCGGCUGGCAGCUUCCACUGGAUUUGCUUUGAGAUUUGUAAGGGGGUUUGUGAGAGGAGCAGGAGAGCUCUGAGGAGGGUCCGUCCCAGGCAGAGAACAUUAAAUAGGACACAGAGAAAGCCUGUUGGCUGGGAGAGAAAGUCAAGGAGGGAGAGAGAAGAGACUGUAAUUGGGCAGUGCCCAGGGAGUCGGGUGGAAGCACCUACAGGCAGAGCCCCUCCAGGGUCUGCCAGGCUGAGACUGUUCUUCUGACCUGUGAAGACCUGUGCCAGGCUGCCUGGUGGAUGUGAAGACACGCUAGAGAACACUGACCAUAAUGCUGUUUAUGAGUGCUGGCCACUGGUGGAGAAACAGGUUUUCCAUGCCAUGGCAAGAGGCCUGUUUACUUGGCUGUUGGUUCUCUUUGUGUGCUGCUGAGUCCUUUUUUGCUUGCCCUUCCUCUUGCAAGUGUAACAACAGCAGUCUGGAGGUGGACUGUAGUGGCCUGGGCCUCUCAUCCAUCCCCUCAGACAUUCCUACAAACACCAGGACCUUCCUCUUUCUCAACAACAAACUAAGCACACUGCCAGGACCUGUUUUUUCCAACCUCUCUGCCCUACAGAGGCUGGAUCUUUCCAACAACUUCUUGGACCAGCUUCCUCAGACGAUCUUCAAUGACCUAGGGAACCUCACAGAACUUCAGCUGAGAAACAACAGCAUCAGGACCCUGGACAAGGAUCUUCUGCAGCACACAGCCCUACUACGCCAGCUGGACCUAUCCAUCAACGGCCUUGCUCAGAUACCUUCAGGCAUCUUUGACGACCUCCCCGCUCUCCGCUCACUCUCCCUCAGGUCUAACCGUCUACAAAGCCUGGACAGAGUGACCUUUGAACCAUUAGUCAGUCUUCAGCAGCUCCAAGUUGGGGAUAAUCCUUGGGAAUGUGACUGCAACCUGAGAGACUUCAAGCACUGGAUGGAAUGGUUCUCUUAUCGAGGAGGGAAGAUAGACCAGCUGGCAUGUACCCUGCCUAAGGAGCUACGGGGGAAGGACAUGCGAAUGGUCCCCAUGGAGAUGUUCAACUAUUGUUCUCAGCUGGAAGAUGAGAACAGCUCAAUUGUGCUGGACAAUCCUGGCCCACCGUGCACUAAAGGAAGCCCAACUCCUUCAAAAACCAAAUCAGGUCCAGAACCAGAAGUGGAACCCAGUGUUGUAUGUCCCCAGAAACAGAGAUACCGGCCUGUUAGUGUACGCCGGGCCAUUGGCACCGUGAUCAUAGCUGGGGUUGUGUGUGGCAUUGUGUGUAUCAUGAUGGUAGUGGCAGCAGCCUAUGGCUGCAUUUAUGCUUCCCUCAUGGCCAAGUAUCACCGAGAGCUGAAGAAGAGGCAGCCGCUAAUGGGCGACACAGAGGGUGAACAUGAAGAGCAAAAGCAAAUCUCCUCAGUGGCAUGAAACUCUUCUUGGAUACCAGGGACAGGAGUGAGCAGGGCACCUGAGUGCAGUGAGGCCUGGAUCCUCUGACAUUAUGCCAUCCCAGACAGACUGUGCUGUCACUUCACUCAUCCAGCUAGUGCAACAUGUCUCUGGGGUUAGGACACCUGGCUCUAAUUUCCAUUUCUCUGCAUCAGGCCUCUUUGUAUCCUUCUACCUUCCUGCUCUCCCAAGUGAAACUGUGAUCAGACCUCAAGUUCUUGCCAUGCUUUCUGCUUGCAUGGAGUACCCCUUGGACAGCCGCUACAUGGACAACCAGCACCUUCCAAGAGCCCGUCAUCCUGACUUCAUCACCUCUGCUUCACUCUCUACUCCCUCCAAAAUUCCACAUGGCUCUGCAGCACCCUCCCUCUGCAGGCAAGACAAGCAGGCAGCUGUGGGGUACAAAUUCCAGAUAUGAUGAGCAAGAUGCCAGGGCAAGUGCAUACGUCUCACAGUGCAUGCUGUCACAUCAUGGUAAUAUACUCCCCACCACCUACACAUUUAAGAAGAACCUGAUGAAGAGUCCACUGAGAGAGAAACAGGGUCAGAAGGAGAUUCCCCUUACCAUGUCCACUGCUGGAAAGAGGCAUAUACAGCCCCCUAACUCAAGAUCUGUGAGUACAGGCUCCAUCCAUUCCCUGCCAGCAAACACUGAGCCCACACACUGCCAGUCAUGCACCUGUGCCUACAGACAUCACUGCAUGUACACUGACUGCCCACAUUUACUUGCUUGCACAUAUACACAAUAAUAAUGCAUAGAUUACUUAACAGUGCCUAGGAGUGUUCCUGGCACCUCUGAAUCCAGACAAAAGACAUGUUCCCCACCCCAAGGGGCUCACAGAGAGAUUUCAGACAUGGCACAGAUGGCAGGGAGGGGAAGGGCAGAGUCAGCGCCAGGCAACUUGCAGCAUUGCUUAGUGAAGACUCAUGCACAGUAUGAUAAAGACAAAACACAUUUUUGUAUCCAUGUUAUGUUUUUGUAAGGUAACUAGAGAUGACUUGGUCCACCAGUAUCUAGUAGAUGUGGCAGAGGAAGUGGGCCAUCAGGAAGGAUUUAAAUAAGGACCUGACUGACCAACUCAGGAUGCAUAUUCCAUGUGUUGGGACAAUGCAGAGAAGAGCAGGGAGGGAGGAUGCACACAACAGCUGCCUUGCCUAACCAAAGGAAGUGGCGUGGGGAAGGGGCGCUGUGAUUAAUACAGAGAGGCUGAGAUAUGGAGGGCCAUGAGAGGAGGACAGGAAACUAGUACCUCAUGUGCUAGACAAGGGGAAGCCAGGCAGAGGUUCGAGGAGGUGGGUGAUGGGGUCAGCAUGCCCCAUUGACACAGAUGUGUUCACUGCCACAGCUGCACACAGGCACUUAUACAACCUGUACAAAUACAAGACUCUCCACACACAUGUGCACAAAUGUACUGAUGAACAUAUAAGCAAGCACAUGCAUGUACUCACAGGCACAAGCAUGCACAGUCUCUGUCACUUAGGAAAACUCUUCCCAAGCCAGAUUUUAGAACCCACAGAGUCUCAUUUUUGCUUCAGCUCUUUUCAAACUGAUUUAAAAAAAGCAAAAAGAAACCAAACAUAAGGACUCAUUUUAUAUCAUUGGAAGUGGGAUAAAAUGCUGUCUCCAGGGGAGAGUGUGGAUUGCCAUGGUAACCUGCUCUAACCCGUCACAGUGGGUAUUCCUUGGAUAGGAAGAUGACACCAGAGGUCAUGCAGCUGCAAUGUUUGUGGAUGGUGUGAUCCUUCCAGUCAUGACAUGCUCUGGCAGCUAGCCCAGACUUGCAGGGUAUUUCUCCAGUAAACCAGACACAGAGGCCAGCAAUCACCGCACCUGGGCAUAGUCAGGUCACAGCCCUUCCUUCCUUCUCCUAUUGUUUCCUGAUGCCAUCCAGUGGUUUGCUAUCUGUCCCUGGACCUGCUCUUGGAUUCCAGUGGAAAUAACAUAUUCUAUGUCAAUUCCUUGUGGUCCCUACCAUGCUGUCAAGCAAGAGCACUACCAAGUAUUUAUAUACAGUUUGGAGUGACUGAAUUCAUUCUACCCAGCCUAGAUCCACCAGAUCCAAAGACCUGGAACAACCCCAGACAAGUUCAAUUUGAUUUCAUUUUCCUGAGGGGAUGAAGGAACAGAGGCAAAUAUUCCCCAUGAAGCAGAAAGGAGGUUACCAUGGAGUAGGAAGGAGAGAGGCAGAUUAAAGGUACACUUCCCCAUCCCUUUCCAUGUGCUGUGUAUGGAAGGGUAAGUGGAAACACUACGGAGGAAAUGUGGACUUAUUCUCCUCUAUGCAUUGUGUAACCCUGCCAUCACCCCACCCAACCCUCUGCUUCAGCUGUAGCCCACUCUGAGGGGCAGAACUGGUGUGCUACGGUCUUCUCUUGCCAGGAAAAGUGUUACUGCACCUCCAGAUCCUCAGUAAGUCAGGACUAGAUUCUGCCCAAUGGACCCAACUUCCUGAGGGAACUUACCAUGUAACGCACUGGACUCCACACUCAUACUUGAAAUGGAACUUGAGUCAGAGCUGUAUAUUUAUAGAUCUAUAUUUUACUUGUAACAAAUAAUGAUCAAGCAAUUGCACAAAGCAAAUGGGGUAUGUGUGAGUGCAUGAGUGUGUGUGAAUAAAAGGUGGGGUGAGGAGGUUUGGUUAGGAAAAGGGAAAAAUCCCCCCUCACUCUCUCCUGCCCUGGACAAUUUUUUCUUUUUUGCUAGUAAGUUUUCCAUUUCUUAUGCUGUGGGUUUGAUUGUGACCUUAAACCUCACCUCCUCUUAUUUCUCACUGGCAUGGCAAAGGACUUGGUGAACACUAGACUGGGACUUCCAGGAUUAGAAACCACCCAGAAACAGGAGAGGCAGGGAAAGGCAGGGGAGAAAAUGAGAAGCAUUUGAGAAAAGUAAGGGCUGGACACUGCUGGGUCCCAAAGAAAUGUAAAUACAUAGAAAGACAAUGGGUGACUGAAAACAAGGACUGGGGCUGUGAGCCCUUCUGGGCAACAGGCCCUUAUACCCCAGCUAGGGAACAGGUACUUCUAUAGUGACUUGUCACACUGGGAACAUUGGCUUUGCUGGGAUGCAGGUUUCUCCACAGCCAUGAGAAACUUCUGGGAAACAUGGUCCUCCAACAUAGCCAGAAAUUAAGCUCAUCUCAUAGUGGGAAGGAUGUCUAGCCUACUGCAUAGCACAGGGCUGUUUGGGUGCUCAGUAAAUGGGCUGCUCUCAUGUAUUUGGGCAGUGGGCUCCACUCCUCUGCAAGCAGGCACAGAAUGGCUUCUCUUGGAGAACCUUGCCAGCUUUGUCCCUCCAGUGAAGGCAGGCAUACCAUCCUCCAUACAGAUGGGUGCCUUCAGGAAGAGUGUUUCCCUGCUGCAGCCAGGUCCAACUAGCACCCUCUGGUAAUGGGCUCCCCAGGUGCAGCUCCUCCUCCCCCCAGCAGUCUUCCUGCAGGGAGCAGAUGGCACAUGCAAUCUUUUUUCUUUUUCAUUAAUAUUUGAGGGAGAGUGACAAGAUUUUCUAAAAUGGUUGAACGGAGGUUCCUUUGGCAAGAGACAGAAGAUUUUUAAAAGGUAUAUUAUAUUUCUGGCUUGUUGUUACAGAAGAAUAAUAAAGAAUGUAUUUUCCUAUG